AUGUGUGCACGUCAACAAGUAUCGUCCCAGAAGCCUGUGUGCACGUCAACAAGUAUCGUCCCAGAAGCAUGUGUGCACGUCAACAAGUAUCGUCCCAGAAGCCUGUGUGCACGUCAACAAGUAUCGUCCCAGAAGCCUGUGUGCACGUCAACAAGUAUCGUCCCAGAAGCCUGUGUGCACGUCAACAAGUAUCGUCCAAGCAUGUGUGCACGUCAACAAGUAUCGAAGCAUGUGCGUCAGCAAGUCGUCCCAGAAGCCUGUGUGCACGUCAAUAAGUAUCGUCCCAGAAGCAUGUGUGCGUCAACAAGUAUCGUCCCAGAAGCAUGUGUGCACGUCAACAAGUAUCGUCCCAGAAGCAUGUGUGCACGUCAACAAGUAUCGUCCCAGAAGCCUGUGUGCACGUCAACAAGUAUCGUCCCAGAAGCCUGUGUGCACGUCAGCAAGUAUCGUCCCAGAAGCCUGUGUGCACGUCAGCAAGUAUCGUCCCAGAAGCCUGUGUGCACGUCAGCAAGUAUCGUCCCAGAAGCAUGUGUGCGUCAGCAAGUAUCGUCCCAGAAGCAUGUGUGUCGUGAAGCCUGUGUGCGUCAGCAAGUAUCGUCCCAGAAGCAUGUGUGCACGUCAACAAGUAUCGUCCCAGAAGCAUGUGUGCACGUCAGCAAGUAUCGUCCCAGAAGCCUGUGUGCACGUCAACAAGUAUCGUCCCAGAAGCAUGUGUGCACGUCAACAAGUAUCGUCCCAGAAGCAUGUGUGCACGUCAACAAGUAUCGUCCCAGAAGCCUGUGUGCACGUCAACAAGUAUCGUCCCAGAAGCAUGUGUGCACGUCAACAAGUAUCGUCCCAGAAGCCUGUGUGCACGUCAACAAGUAUCGUCCCAGAAGCCUGUGUGCACGUCAACAAGUAUCGUCCCAGAAUCCUGUGUGCACAUCAUAA